AUGGGCACCGACGCCUCCGUCCAUCAGCAGGAGCCAUGGUUCGUCUUGCUGGCCAUCCUCGGCGCACUCUACGUCGCCGCCUUCGUGUACCGCCUCCUGUAUGUCUCCGGCCUCACGCUCUGCCUGCACCGCGCCAAGGACCUCCGCGGCCACUACGGGGCAUGGGCUCUGGUCACCGGCCCAACGUCCAGCAUUGGCCGCUCGAUGGCCCUGGAGCUCGCGCGGCGCCGUCUCAACCUCGUUCUUGUGGGCCGCGACCCCACCGCGCUCCAGGACAUCUCCAAGACCGCCUCGGAGACCCACGGCGUGCUCACAAAGACCGUGCAGUUCGACCUCUCCCUCGUCUCCACUCGUCAAGGGGAGGAGGCGAUGGGGCGGCUCCGGGAGGCCGUGGAGGGGCUGGAGGUCGGGGUGCUGGUGAACAACGCCGGCUUGGCAACACCGCACGCAGCAUACCUGCACGAGGUCGACGUGGAGGCGUGGGUCAAGAUGAUACGGGUGAACCUGUGGGCUGUGACUGAGGUGACGGUGGCCGUGCUGCCCGGGAUGGUGGAGCGAGGGAGGGGCGCCGUCAUCAACAUCGGCUCCGGCUCCACGGAGGCGCUACCCUCCUAUCCCCUCUACUCCGUCUACGCCGCCACCAAGCGGUACGUUGCUCAGUUCUCCAGGAGCAUAUGCAUUGAGUACAGGGGCAAAGGAAUCGAUGUCCAGUGUCAGGCCCCAUUGUAUGUGGACACAAAGAUGGUGACGAACAUGGUGAACCGGGAAGGCCUCUUCUCAUGGCUGACCAUGCCGACGUCGGAUGCCUACGCCAAUGCAGCUACGUGCUGGAUCGGGCACCGCAGCCCGAUCUGCAUGCCCAACCUGAGCCACCGGCUCCAGUGGUGCCUCAUCCACUUUAUCCCAGACCGCUUCAUCGUGGCGCACCGCCUCCGCGAGACUCUUCGGCAGCGGGCUGUCUUCCAACGGCUGAGGGCAUCAGCUGAGGGUUGGAAUCGUCGCAUGCCAUCAGCGGCUGCCUCAACCGCCAGUGAAGUUAGCUAA